CCUAUUGGUUGGUGGGUAGCAAAGCGCACGGCGCGGAGCUCCGCGCACGCGCGCUGUACCGUGGCGAGUGAAACCGGGUUUUGCGCUGACAGGGCCUCAGCCAUCCCCGACUUCGAGUAGGGGCUCUAACCCGGACCUGCCGCUUCCGCGUCCCGCGCGCACUUCGUUCUUUUCAGUGCUACUGCAACCACUGUCUCCAUCGUCGCCAUGUUUCUCACUCGCUCCGAGUACGACAGAGGUGUGAACACUUUUUCUCCAGAGGGACGAUUAUUCCAGGUGGAAUAUGCCAUUGAAGCUAUCAAGCUUGGUUCCACAGCUAUUGGAAUUCAGACAUCAGAAGGGGUUUGUCUGGCUGUAGAGAAGAGGAUCACCUCGCCACUCAUGGAACCUAGCAGUAUUGAGAAAAUUGUAGAAAUAGAUUCCCACAUAGGUUGUGCAAUGAGUGGAUUGAUAGCUGACGCAAAGACAUUAAUUGACAAAGCAAGAGUUGAAACUCAGAAUCACUGGUUUACAUACAAUGAAAUCAUGACCGUAGAGAGUGUGACACAGGCAGUGUCCAAUCUUGCAUUACAGUUUGGGGAGGAAGAUGCUGAUCCAGGUGCAAUGUCAAGGCCAUUUGGUGUGGCACUGCUCUUUGGAGGAGUUGAUGAAAAGGGACCUCAGCUGUUUCACAUGGACCCUUCUGGAACAUUUGUGCAGUGUGAUGCAAGAGCAAUUGGGUCGGCUUCAGAGGGUGCACAGAGCUCCCUGCAAGAGGUUUAUCACAAGUCAAUGACACUUAAAGAAGCAAUCAAGUCAUCUCUUAUCAUACUAAAACAAGUUAUGGAGGAAAAACUGAAUGCCACUAACAUUGAGCUUGCAACAGUACAACCUGGGAUGAAGUUCCACAUGUAUACAAAAGAAGAGCUUGAAGAUGUUAUCAAAGAUAUUUGAUGAGAGGGAGAACCUGUCCAACUGCCUCAUUCCUUGAUCACAGGAAACUGAAUCUUCAGUUUUUUCCAGUGCCCGUAACUUUAUUUCAGCAGCACGUAUGCCUGCUCUUAAACAAAGGCGCAAAGAUUUUUUUACAGUUUCUGUACAUAAAAAAGAUCUUCAACAAGAGGAAACGAGAAUAAAUCAUUUUGUUACUCUUAUGUCCUUCUUGUAUAAUAAAGUUAUGGAGUGGGAGGAAUGGUUAA